AUCUCCCCCCUCCGCCUGACUGGGGAAGGGACAAUGCGGUGUUGGUGUCUGCAGUAUUCCGAGUUCUGGACACUGGUGGCUGCAAGCUGCGAUUUUGGCGUGCUCUCAUUUCCUAUCUUUAUCUCCGCCCGUGGCUGCCUUGGCCAGCCAGCUUUUCAGUUUGUGCCUGGUCAUUGAUCAAUAAAACGAACCUAAGGAAAUACAGGACACGAUUACCUCACUGCCAACUCUGGCCCAGGGCCGGUACAGGGAGCUCAGGGUUUCUGCACCAGUGGGCUGCAGAAACUUUGUGAUAGCACCCUCAGUCCCUGAGGUCUGAAGCUCGCUGCACAUCCUCAUCCCUGGGAGCGUGACCCCCGCGCCCGACGCCAAGAUGCCGGCCCACAUAUUGCAAGAGAUCUCUGGCUCUUACUCAGCCACCACCACAAUCACAGCGCCUCCCUCUGGGGGACAGCAGAACGGAGGAGAGAAGUUUGAAAAGAACCCUCACCACUGGGGAGCAGACGUUCGCCCUGAAUUAAAAGAUGACUUAUAUGACCCUAGCUACCAGGAUGAGGAGGGGCCCCCGCCCAAGCUGCAGUACGUCUGGAGAAACAUCAUCCUCAUGGCCCUGCUGCACUUGGGGGCCCUGUAUGGGAUCACACUGAUUCCCUCCUGCAAGGUCUACACCUGCCUCUUCGCGUAUUUGUACUAUGUCAUCAGUGCCUUGGGGAUCACGGCCGGGGCCCAUCGCCUGUGGAGCCACCGAACUUACAAGGCUCGGCUGCCCCUGAGGCUCUUCCUCAUCAUUGCUAACACCAUGGCUUUCCAGAAUGAUGUGUAUGAAUGGGCCCGAGAUCACCGCGCCCACCACAAGUUCUCAGAAACACACGCUGACCCUCACAAUUCCCGGCGUGGCUUUUUCUUCUCUCACGUGGGCUGGCUGCUCGUGCGCAAACAUCCGGCUGUCAAAGAGAAGGGCGGAAAACUGGACAUGUCUGACCUAAAAGCCGAGAAGCUGGUCAUGUUCCAGAGGAGGUACUACAAGCCCGGUCUCCUGCUGAUGUGCUUCAUCCUGCCCACACUGGUGCCCUGGUAUUUCUGGGGUGAAACUUUCCUCAACAGCCUGUGUGUCAGCACCUUCCUGCGCUAUGCCGUGGUGCUCAACGCCACCUGGCUGGUGAACAGUGCCGCCCACCUCUAUGGCUAUCGCCCCUACGACAAGAACAUUAGCUCUCGGGAGAAUAUCCUGGUUUCCAUGGGAGCCGUGGGCGAGGGCUUCCACAACUACCACCACGCCUUCCCCUACGACUACUCUGCCAGUGAGUACCGCUGGCACGUCAACUUCACGACCUUCUUCAUCGACUGCAUGGCUCUCCUGGGCUUGGCUUACGACCGGAAGAAAGUAUCUAAGGCCGCUGUCUUGGCCAGGAUGAAAAGAACUGGCGAUGGGAGCUGCAAGAGUGGCUGAGUUUGGAAUCUUCCGGUUUCUGUUCCAAAAGCCAGCUUGGCAGAGGCUUCAUGUUCUGUUAAUUAACUACUGAGUAUUGCUCCCCAGACGCUAAAGUGAUGACGUUAACCCAUUCUGGUACAGUAUUGUAAAAUGGACACGUAUUGGAAGUCAACGGCUCUUCCCUUUCGAUGCUAACCUUCUCUUUUCUUUUCCCGUUGUCUUUUUCUUUGCUUUGUCCCCGUUGACCUCAUUUUUCAUUGCCUCCCAAGCCAGCAGCUGCUCUGCUAUGGGUCAGUGUUCACCUUGCAAUGCAUACUGACUUUCCAAGGGUCUAAAAGUACAGGUCUGUGCCUCCACCCCACCUCUUAAGCUGUGUUCUGAGUUAGAGAUGCAAGAAAAUCUUCAGAGGUUUCUCCUGUUAUUUUUAGCCCAGGCUUUGCCAGAUGAAAUGGAAGGUAAAUCUUAAGGGGCCAAAUUCAACAUGCAGGCUGUGGUUCAUCAGAGGUGUGGGAGAGGGGGAUCUUUGGUGAUCCGGCUCAGCUCUUGCCUAGCGGAGGCACGGGAGCCUUUUCACACAGCAUGCCUCCUCUCCUAAUUCUGAGUAGGUGACAGCCAUGGAACUUGGUGACACUAGAAUACAGUAACACAUGUCAGUAUCUCCGUGUAGUUUAGGUUGAUGAUUUAAAAGAUUUAAAAAAAAAAAAGAUAAACAACCGUUUGUAGGGAAACUGGUCUCUACUGAAAAAGGCUUUUCUUUUCUUUUAAUGACCAGGCUCGGGCCAGGUGUGGUGGGUGGCACAUGCCUUAAAUCACAGCACUUGAGAGGCAGAGGCAGGUGGCUCUCUAGAUAGUGAGACCUUGUCUAAAAUAAGUAAAUAAAUAAAGCGAUUAAAAGGACAAGCAGAGCGAGAAGUCUUCGGGUGAGGCCUGUUGGAAACUGAUGAGGGCAGUCACUCAUAGUUUUGAGCAUUCUGUGAGUUGCGCACCCCACUUUUAAUUCCUGCUCUCCGUUGGUUGCUCCCAUAAAUUAAGGUGGCUGUGGCAUUUUCAUGCAUCCAAUAGUGGAAGCAUUUAUAGAGUUGGACUUAAGGUCUAUCCUGGAACCUGCAAAUACUCAUUUGGCGUGCUUUCCUCUGAAAAGAGUUGCUGAACACGUUGCCUGUUCCUCCCAUGUUGGGCAGCCACUGGAGAAGCUGGGAAACACCACAGGCAGCUCCUAAUAACUUUCCAAAGGAAAACCUUCCGGGCACACAUUGCCAGGGGACUUCAAAGUCUUGGGGUGCUCUAGUGAGACAGGUUAGAUAUUCCCUCUUCGAUCUUUGUCAUAAGGCUUCUCCUACAGUAUUGACUCUGACCAUCCAGUCUACAUGGAGGACUCUGCCUGGGACACAUGGCCCUGUCUCUGAGCUCUACCAUGUCUGCUUCUUUUUCCUACCCACUUUUGUGGUUUUGGUUGUGGGUGUGUUUUUCUUCUUCCCCUUUGACGUUUAGUCUUGCUCUAGGCAGAAAUGUCCUGUGUGUUUACGGGCAGUAGAUGGGCAGUCCCAGCUGCUUCCUUGCGCAGGGAUGCGGCACUGCAUCAGUAGUAAGUAGAGCUGGCUGUCCUUUCCUGUGGCUUGCAGAUCCUCCACCUCUAUCCCUCAGACUGCUGGCGCUCUGGAAAUGGUAAAGAAAAAUUUGGCAAACUUUCUAGAAACAUCCUGACUCAGAGAGGCUCUUUGUCUCACGAGUCAUUCCCAAACAAAUGCCACCCUUGUGCCAGUGCACCAGGGACAGGGCGGGAGAGAGACAGUUCCUACUCUAGCCUCAAUGUGAGGCAGGGUAGAGCGUGCUCAGUGCUCCCUGCAUGUUCAGCAAGGCUUCUUGGGCUGAUCAGCCCUCUCGCAUGAUGCUGUCGUGCUUGGAGGAGGACUUGUCAGCUAAAUGGGAAGCACAAGAACCAAGGUCGCGUUCUUAAGUGCCUCAUUUGGAAUCCCUUAUCCGUGGAGCCAUGGUCUGCAAAGCUUUAGCUAAGAUAGGACAUCUGAGAUGCCGUGGACGUUUCAGCAAACUGUCCCUGUAGCUCAGUCAACGAGGCAGAAGUGUGGGUCUGCUCUAUUAGAUUGGCUGUGUCGUGUACCGAAUGCUAUCUAUCCCACUGAGUCCCAGUGGUGGGGGAACAGCCUUCCUGUGUGAGUGGAGUAGAGGCGCUUCGGGACCUCUGUGUGCCCACAUGAAAGCAGCCUUAUCCUUUAGCUGUUCAUUAAAAUAGAGCUCUUGGAAGAUGGACAGUGCAUUUGCUGACCUGUGGCCCUAUUCCUUGGAAAUGCCUUUUGGGUGACUUUAGCUUCACUGGUUAGCAGGUGCCCGUUUAACCUUCUCCUCGGCUUGCCCCAUGGAGCUGAACCAUGCUGUGGCUGGGGACCCUAUUAUGUUUGGGUCGGUGGAGAAGGGUGUACCAGCUCACUAAGGAAUACUACUUUCAAGAUUUUAAAGCUCAGAUCAAGUGACACAUUACUAAGGAACUAAGAUCUGAUGGAGGGACUUUCUGACAGUCCUCACCUUGUGGACACGCUAAAAUCUGACUCGGGUGCCUUUACCUCUCCUCUACUCUGUGCUGUGAGCCUGUAAAAUGUGGCAGGUGUCAACUGGCCUGGCUGGAGGACUCACUGUACAUUAAUUUGCAGUAUUCCCUUUCGGGGCUUCGUUUUGGGAACUUUUCUUAGGGCUGUUUGGAUGAAGUGCCCAUAGCUGAUGGAUGGUGGAAGUAAUUUGAAUGCCUGUGAGUUGGAGGUUUUGCUCUUUGUUUUAAGAUUAAUCGCUGGUUGUAGCAUUUAAAGAGAAAGCUCUUCUUCAUGGUUUGCUAGUAUCCUGAGCGUCGUCUUUAGUUGAAAUAGUUAGUAGGAUAAAGUUAAGAAAGUGGUGGCCAUGUUACGCUGGUGGUGCAGGCCAGAGCCUCCUACCACUCUCAAUGUUUUAACAGGUCCCUCUCCAACAGUAACGAGUUCACUCCUUGGAUGAGAGUGUUAAUGAGGGAAGCGCCCUCCCGACCUAAUCAGCUCUUAACGAUCCCAGCUGCCAACGCUGUUGCAUUGGGGAUGAAGUUUCCAACCCAUGAACUAUGGGACAAAUUCAAACCAUAGCACUGGGCCUGUCACUGAAUGAUGUGACUGAGUAUCACGUCUGUGAAACUGGGAUAAUAAUCCUGCCCUACCUCAGUGGGUAGGUUUGAGCAUGGCUAGAUGCUCUCUUUAUAAAAACCCAUGGGGAUCCUCCGCAGAGUAUUUUAAGUCCUGCACAUUUUUAUAGUAACUGCGUCCACCAUGGACUUGACACGUGCCUAUGCCCCAGAUGACAUUGUUACUCUCCGUCGUUUUCUCCCGAGAGUGAGUGGAUGCGUUAGGUGAUGUAUGCUCACUGCUAUGAAAACCUGCAGGACGCCAUUUCCUUCCUUGGGUGGGAGUUUCCCUUUAUCACGUGCAACAGUAGUUCUUUGUGAUCUAAUAAUUCUCAUUAAUACCAACUCUGAACGUAUUUCCGCUCAUCUGAGGUUGUGUUUGUUCAUAAUAAAAUGAAAUGGAUCUGACUGCAA